CCCCAACUCCAACUCCCCCCCUGGCCAACCCUACCCAACCCAACCCAACCAGACCCAGCCCAACCUGACUCCAUCCAAAAGAUUGACAAGUGUGGGAAUGCAUGGGGGUGGGGGAUGCGUGUUGGUGUUGCAGCUUACCCAGGCGAUCGCAGAGAAUGUUCUGAGCUUCAACGAAGCAUUCUGGUUACGACUUGCUUAUCGCACAGAAGCCUGUCGGUCAGAGGAAGACAGGAACGACCUUGGGGAGCUGGCUACGGUCGUCAUGAAUGUCGUGGAGAGGCUGGUGAAAAAGACAGAGGAGAAAAUGGACGAUUCUUCUUCGAUUCUGCAGAGGAUUAUGUCGUCAGCAGCUGAGCAGAAUGGUGAUUUCGUUGUCCCUAUGACUAAGGACUCCGUUCAGCGUUUGCGGCAGGCAAUUCAUGAAUCAAGCAGUCGAUUGGAUGAAAGUCUGCUUGCACAGGUUGGCGCGUGGAUGCGCAAGCUGGAGAAUGGGCCAGAGAGUGAGCGACGGCUAUUGCCAGUCCUUCAGAGGUUCUACCAGCUUUAUGCGGCAAGGGCGCUGAGCGACAAGAACAGCAAGUUGUUUCCGAAAAGACAGCGACCAGACGAUGAGGGUGAGAAGCUCCUGGUUUCAGUCAUUACAGCGGAUGAAGAGGAAUGGGAAUCCCUGCUGUUGAACGGACUGGUCUACAAUCCAAACAUGGUUGUGAAGCGGUUCUUUGACGCCAUCCUCAGACGGGAAGAUCGGGUCACCUUUCAACUGGAAAGCGGGUCUUAUGCACAAAGAAUAAUCUCGGAGUACUUGUCAGAGAUCGAGGAGCGUGCCAAAAGUUUGAUUGCGGCCGCAAAGGAAGAUCCGAAAAAGCCACCUCUCAAGGAAUGAAGGGCACCAACCAGAGUGCCUAUUGCUGAACGGUAUAUCCAUGUGGCUUUCGAUAUGGAGAUCAUGAUAUUGAAACUUCAAAUGCUGGUGAAUACCAAAAAAAAAAAAAAAAAAAAAAAAAAAAAGAAAUCAUGUUAGGGGCUAACCCCUUUCCUCCAGAAGCAGGCGCACCAACCAAGUGACGCCAAGCCAUUGUUUAAUUCAUCUCCAACAUAAGCGUAAUCAGAGUCUCUUAUCUUGCGCGACUCCGUACCUUUAGGCAUAUGCAUCCCUAGGGGGGUUCUCCUUUCUCCUCCCCCCCUCCCAAUGCCCAGAUCCUCACUUGCUAACUUGGGACUUAGUGCGUGCCAAAUACAGUUGCCACAGCACUAACCCCUGGUAUUUCUGCAAGCCAUGUGGCUGCCACAGCAAGUCCCCUUGCCUUCGCUGCCCAAGUCGUAAAACAGGGACUUAGUGCGUAGCACUGUGUACUUUCCAGCACAGUGUAUAGUACUGUGUACUUCGCAAUAGACAAAGUACGAAGCACAGUGCGCGUGCAUAAAGCUAUGUACUUUGCCGCACACAAACUACACAGAACAGAGCACUCCCAGUACAGAGUACGGAGCACAGAAUACUCUGAGGGCAAAGUACCAUGUACAUAGUCCGCCAGAGUACAGAGUUCAAAGUACAUUGGAUACUGAAUACAGCACACAGUGCAUUGAACAUAAGAGUACAGAGGACAGAGCACGUUUGAGCACAGAGCACAGCACACAUUGAAUGCGGAGUAUAUACCACACAGCACAUUUCAGUACAUUUUCAGCACAGAGUACAGAGCGCAAAGUAUCUUAUGUACAGAGUACAGAACGGCGAACGCAGUGUAGACUGAAUGCAGAGUGCAGAGGACAGAGUACAUCAAAGAUGGAGCGCAGAGUACAUUGAACACAGAGUACAGAUCGCAGAGUGCAUUGAGCACAGAGUACAGAGCACAGUACAUUGAGCCCAGAGUACAGCGGAAGAGUACAGAGCAAAGAGUGUGGAGGACAGAGUCACUGUCAGGGACAGAGAUGUUGGCGAUUUCAGAGUGUUCUUUUUUUCUCCUCGUUAUCUCAGCCUCGUAUUGCUGUCACAAGUCCCCUUUGGCAUUCGAUUCGGUUCAUAUAAAUCAGACUGCAUCAUUAAUGUCGAUUCAAGUUUCAAAUCUAAAACAAUAUAGCUUUUGGCCCUCGGCCGUUCCACUGCGCACCGUCUAAAACAAUAUAACAAUAUAGCUUUUGGCCCUCGGUCGUUCCACUGCGCACCGAUUUCUUGGUUUUCUUUCUGACUCAGCCUUUGGAUCUUGAAGUGGGCGGCCGGGAUGUGCACAGAGCUCAAUUUCUAGCAGAAUAUCUCCGUCCUAGAAUGUCAACAUGUAAUUUUUUGCUUCUCCUUGCUUCCUGGUGAUCUGGACGUCGGGCGUUUGUUUCACUGUUAGACCAUGCCCAGCAUGGUGGCGCAGCCCGGGGCUGUGGCCCAGAGAGAGCCGGUUAACUGACCCCCCAUUUUUCACCUCAAGUUAUAAAAAAACCCAUAAGGCCAUUUCAAGCAAACUCCACACCAAUGUAUAGAGUGCACUUCUUACUAACACAUUAUAAAAAAAAACACCAAAAAAAAAAAACAAAAAAAAAACACAUAAAACGGCACCUCAAAAGUGCAUUUUCAGGGCUUGGAGUAGCACAAUUUUCAAUCAGUGUGCGACAUUGUGGGGCGGCUCCGGUUUUCUGACUGGUUCCCAUUGCCGUUGGGGGGCCCCGUCACGACGAACCGGAGGGAGAGGCGAGGCAGUGUAGCAUAUUAUGCAUCGUUUUUUUGUGUAGAAGCUACAUGUCAGCGGGCACAGCCAAGAAGUGUUGGAAUGCAGACCACAUUAGGGACAUACAAAAAUCUUUCUUUCAAUGUAGAGUAUUGAAACUUUAUAUAUUGAGUUAUAUUUUCUGUUUAUUUACUCGUGUCCCCCUUUUUUUUUUGUCUUCCUUUUUUGGUUUCAUAAGAUUUCGCCAUGCUUCUGAUUAGCUGUCGUGAACAUUAUAGGUAGGUGGAGAGUGGAGGGAGCGGUCGCGGAUCGGCAUGGCAGUUGUGUCCUCUUGGUUUUGGUGUUUUUCGACUUUGCUAUUAACCAAGGCUGCCAUCAACUGAGGUCAUACCCUCCAGAAAUGAUCAUGCUAGUUUUCGUUAUGCUUGCGAUGAUGUUCAAGUGUGUGAGAGGGAGUCCCAACGACAUCAUGGUCUUGGUCCGAACGCAACACACCUUAAUUUUCACUGUAUCGGAUGGGAAACAUACCUGUUCAUUUUCAGGGUGCGUUAUAUUCGGAGGGGACGACGGUAGCGUUGCAUUUAAGUAACCCCUAUGGAGUUUGAUGCACUGCAUCAAGUGAGGUAUAAGCCUCUCACUCGGAUGGCUUUACCUCAUUCACAUAUAUGUCCAGAGACGGCAGUGUGGUGAAGUCUGAGGAGGAUUAAUUUUAUUAAAAACAAAAAAAUGAGGCGAGGGUUUGCAGGGAAGUCGGAUUAGAUGAGGGGAGGAGGAGGAGGAGAAUCCCUCUGGAUGGAGAAAGGUUCCAACAACAAAGAGCAUUCAAUUAAGAGCAUGCAUGUGGAUGGGUUUUGGAAAGAGAUACAGAACUGCAGACCAAUGGCAAUUUUUUGCACCUCUUCACAAACACGUUGAGAUUCAGGCGUUACAUCCAAUCCACUUUGCAAUUGGGACAUAACCCACCUUCGGGCUGUUGGGGUAUAACCUUACCCCUUGUUCUGAACCCACAAUGUCCAAUGAUUGGCAUUUCCUGAAAGUUGACCGUUUCUUUUUCCAUUGCCCGUCUCUGAUAACGUGUGGACGUGGCAUGGGCGAUGCUGGCAUUGCAGGCGAUGAAAAGUUUGCUAUUAACUAAGGAGCAGCACAGUUUUUUUAUCAGUGUGCGACAUUGUGGGAUGUCCAGCAACUGUGCACGGUGGUGACAGGGACGGCUCCCGUUUUCUCACCGGUUUCUCAUUGCUGCAGGGGCCCCGCGUCACGGUGAACCAGAGGGAGAGGUGAGGCAGAGUAGUGUACUAUGCAUUGUUUUUUGGCGUAGAAGCUACAUGGCAGUGGGCAGAACUAAGAAGUGUUGGAAUGCAGACCACAUUA